CGGAUAUCAUGUGACUAUGCGCUAUUUGAGCAGCUGUAUGGACAAUAUUUUAAAAAUGAAGUCCAGUCAGUGCGGUCCACGCUACACAGGUCAAUAGCGUCAUCACUACGUCAUGUAACAAUACGGAAGUGAUACUAUCUUUUACUGUCUAUGUCGCUUACAUACGUGAAACAAGUAAUGGUGGUACUUGCGCGUCCACUCUCCUGUCCCGAACAAAUACAUCCUUAAUGUAGUUUUGCACUGGUUAAAACUAUUUAGAAAAUACAAAAAUAUAUUGCCAUUCAGUUGUCUGGUGUUCUGUAUCUCGAACAGGUGAAUAACAGACGUAUAAUUUGAUUUGUAGUGCUACGUUAAGAAAGAAGAAGAAAAACAGCUUUUAUUCUGUGUCUGAAGUUGCUAUUAUGGAUCAAUAUUCAAUAGUGAAUGUCAUUGGCAAAGGGUCUUUCGGUCGAGCUCUUUUGGUUCAGCCAAUAAACGAAGAACAAAAUUAUGUUAUGAAGGAAAUACGACUGCCAAAGGCUGAUUCUGGGAUAAGAAACAGCAAAAGAGAAGCUGUGCUUCUGUCCAGAAUGAAGCAUCCAAACGUUGUGGCAUUCAAAGAAUCAUUUGAAGCUGAUGGUCAUCUGUACAUUGUAAUGGAGUUCUGCAGUGGUGGAGAUCUUCUUCAAAGGAUACAGCAGCAAAAAAAUGUUCUGUUCACUGAGGAUGUGAUCCUGAAGUGGUUUGCACAGAUGUGUCUAGGCACCAAACACAUUCACGACAAGAGAGUACUUCACAGGGAUUUAAAAUCAAAGAAUAUUUUCUUGACCGUCAGUGGAACUGUGAAGUUGGGGGAUUUUGGUUCGGCAUGUUCUCUAAACAGCGCAAAAGCAUAUGUUCAGACCUAUGUGGGUACUCCAUAUUAUGUGUCUCCAGAAAUAUGGGACAACAAACCUUACAAUAAUAAAAGUGACGUCUGGUCUCUUGGCUGUGUCUUGUAUGAACUUUGCACACUCCAACACCCGUUUCAGUCACGUAGCUGGAAGAGUCUGAUAUUGAAGGUGUGUCGUGGGGUGUAUGCACCUUUACCCAGUCACUUCUCCUACGAGCUGCACUACCUCAUCAAAAACAUGUUCAAGACUAACCCUAAAGACAGACCCUCAGUACACACAAUCCUCAGCUCUCACCGUGUGUCUCGACUGCUGCAUAAACACCUGGUGCCAGAGAAUAAGGAACUGGUCCAAGAAAGAACACACCACUGGAGGAGAGAGGAAGGAGAGAAAGUGGCCAUGUUUUUAGGACAGAAGAGUUUAGUGACCACAGCUACCACUGAAGGAACUAUGCAAGUAGAACAGUCCACUUUGGAAAAUAAUUGCAUUGAUGAGCCAGCUUCUCGUAAGAGGUGGGCAGUCGGAACUUGUAAUACCGUGCUGGGGGUCCUAAGAAAUGCUGACAUCAUUUCCACUGGUAGCAUGGAAAAUGCAGAACAGAUUGAUCUUAUUUCAGAGGCUGAGUGUGUGGAGACCCAGGAAAGACGAGUGAGGAAACAGUGGGACAAAGAUCCACCUGAGAGACUCCUGAGUGUUCUGGAGAAAGUGCAGCUCUGCUAUGGCUUUGAGACAUACACUUUACAUAGAGAUGAGCAUGGAGACAAAGUAGACGGCCCUGAGAUGACGAUCACAGACUACAGUAGACUGGAGCCACGCUCAGAUGAUGAAGACACGGAUUUUGAAGAGGAGUGUCCAUAUGACUGGAUAAAUGAACUGGAGGAAAUGAUGAGCUAGAGAAACUUAAUUACACUCUGCUCUCAAGGCCUAUGGAGUUCCCUUGGCAUCCCCCAUUUCCUCUCAUCCUAUGUGGGAUUGGAUCUCACCAUCCUCUGGUCAGCUAUCUGUUUCUCUAAUAUAUAGUUAACUUAAUGAUCACACUGCAAAGCCUCUCUCUAUUAAAUCUAUAUGGAAUGGUGAAUUAACAGAUUUUGACUUAUCGGUUGACUGGGAGAGGGUGUGGUCUAAUCUAAUCUUAACAUCUAAAAACUUGGCUCAUCGUCUUAUCCAUUUCAAAGUCAUCCAUAGAGCAUACGUAACUCCUUAUAAGAGGUUUAAAAUUAAACUGCAAUUCACCUAUAACUGCCAUAUCUGUAACACUGUAUCAUCAGGUACUUUUCUCCACAUGUUUUGGGAAUGUCCAAUUGUUGUCAACCUAUGGACACAUGUGAAUUCUGUUCCUUUUUACUACAAAUUGAUUACAUGUCUAAUCCAUGUCUAUGUCUUCUCAAUGAUGAUUCUAACUUCUGUUUAAAUUCAUUAAAGAAGAGAAUGUUGUUUGCUGGUUUUACAGCUGCAAAGAAGACAAUAAUACAAAAUUGGUUUACUCCUCACAUGUGUGCAAAAACAUUUUGGAUCCACAGUCUCCUUAAAAUAGUGACUUGUGAAUGUACAACAGCAUGAAUAAACAAGGCUAAAGCUAGUACCAUU